AUGAACGUUGACUGCCGCGGCUGGGCACGUGCGUGCGUGCCCUGUCAACGAUCGAAGAUCUCUCGACACGUCUCGGCGCCCUUGGGAAAAUUUGCUGUUCCAUCCAGCAGGUUUGAGCACUUCCACUUGGACAUAAUCGUGAUGUCGGUCUUGGAGGGCAUGCGAUAUUGUUUCACGUGCGUGGACCGCUUCACACGGUGGCAGGAGACGUUCGCACUUCGAGAUCAGGAGACGGAGACGGUCGCAAGGGCAUUCUACGAGGGAUGGAUCUGCCGAUUCGGGGCGCCCGUGCGGAUAACAACGGACCAGGGGCGCCAGUUCGAGUCCCAUCUUUUUCGGCGGCUGAGCGAGCUGACAGGAGUGCAGCAGCUGAGGACGACGGCGUACCACCCGCAGGCAAACGGAAUGGUCGAGCGGUUCCAUCGCCAGCUCAAAGCGGCCAUCAAAUGUCAGCAGAAAGAUCGCUGGACAGAGGUACUGCCGACGGUGCUGCUCGGGAUCCGAGCAGCGUGGAGAGACGACCUGCAGACGACCGCAGCGGAGCUGGUGUACGGCCAGACGCUGAGGAUCCCGGGGCAAUUUCUGAGCCGACGGCCUACGGACAACGAGGACGACGCUGCCGACUUCGUGAGGACGCUGCGUGAGCAGUUUGAGAAGCUGCGACCGGUGGACGGAACCCGACACGGGGAACGACGGCCGUUCGUCUACUGGGACUUGGCGGCGGCCGAACAGGUGUUCGUGCGACACGACGGGCCUAAGAAGAUGCUGCAGGCGUCGUACGAGGGGCCGUACGCAGUGGUCAGCCGAGGCGACAAAAUCUUUGUCGUGCGUAUGCACGGCAAGGAGAAAACUGUCUCAAUAGACAGGCUAAAACCCGCUUAUAUUUUACAGCCCGAGGCAGAAGAUAGCAGCUCGGCAGAGUCGGCGACACGAGGCCGAGAGGGUGCGGUCGACGGACGGACGGCGCGAGACCAGGACACCGAGGUCAAGCAGCGAGGCGCGCGAGAGGACGCGAGGCCGCUGCCCCGAGAGAGCGAGAGAACGACGAGAGCGGGAAGGAAGGUCCGAUUCCCGAGUCGAUUCCAGGCGGGCCUGUAG